GCCCACUGCAUCCAUCUGGAACGAUCAGCCCAGCCCAGCCCAGCCCAGCCUUUUCAGCCUGGACGCUGCUCGCUUGGGGAUCACUGGUCAGCAGAGAACAUCUCAAUACAACGCUCUAGCUUCCAUCACCAACGGAGCUUGACAGCAACGAGCAACGAGAAGAGGUAGCAGGAAUUCAACUCCACUUUCGGCGCCGAGCUAGCCAGCUGGAUGGAACAGCCACGUUGACGACGACAACGAAGACAAGAUGGCGUCCGAAAAGGUCUUUGCGCUUCACGAUUUUGAAGCUGAGAAUCCAGACGAAGUUUCGUUUCGGGCUGGCGAGACAGUCGUCGUCGUCGAAAAGGAUGAUGCGUACGGCGAUGGAUGGUGGCAGGGGACAAAUGAGAGGGGCGAAACGGGUCUCUUCCCUUUCUCCUACACGACCUUCGAUGAGAGCCUUGCAAGAAGCGCCUCGUCACAGGGUGGUGCCGGGCCACCUGGAAGUAAUGGCAAGGAAAUGAAUGCGACCAUGGCCGACAUUGAUGAAGCUCUCGCGGGCCUCGGCACGAGGAACGGUGGCAGCGGUGGUGGUGUCGCCUCGAGCGGAGGCCGACCCGGUCCUGGCGAGCCGAGGGCGUCCUUUGCAAGCGAGCGUACCGGCGACUUCUCGGUAGGCGAGACCGAAGAGGGCGCCAACGAUGCCGACGACGACUACGAGAGCAGAGCAAAGGCAAGGGCAGCUCUCGCGGUCAAUGCGCAGCGCAACCAUCUCAAAGACGAGGACCUCGAUGAGGAAGAGAGGGCGGAGCAGGCGAGGAUGAAGGCGCAGGCCCAACGAGUCUUCGAGGAAGAAGAGGCUCGACAGCGAGAGCUACUGCUCAAAAAGGAGCAGGAGAGGAAGAAGUCGGUAGCAGAUGGCACGCUGCAGACUACCGAGAAGCCCAAGGUGGCACCCAUCGAGGGCGUCGAAAUGAGCGACGAGAGCGACAGCGAGGGAAGCAUCGGUGGCGACCUUGGCGGCGAGGAACCACCGCAGACGCACGCACCCUUGUUCGGGGCCUCUACCGACAGCCAGCAGCAGCAACAGCCGAGUGUCUCAAUGGACAACAAAGACAAGCCAAACGGCUCGGACCAGCCGAGAGAGAACCUGACUGCAAACCGGAGCCUGUCGCCCAUUCCAAGCGCCUCUGGCCACAGUCAAGGUGCACAGGCCUCGCCCCCCGUCUCUGCCGGCACCGCCGCUAGCGCUGCUGGUGCAGGGGCCAUUGCAGCUGCCAUCGCCUCUGGCAGCACCUCAGGUGCCGCUCAGCCGCUGCCCAGCUCGGCCGUGAGCGAGGUCACGCCCGCCAAACCAUAUGAGGAACGCAAUGAUCAGCGGAGCGUCGAUAGCUCUCGAGGUCGCUAUUCCGGUGUGUCUGAUGGUCCGUUGGCCGCCGGGACGAUGGUCGGAAGCACAGGUACAGCUCCCACCUCGGUCCAAGGCACUGAGACGCCGAAGAGCUUGAGCCAAAGUCAGGGUCUCAUGGCCGCUGCAAGCCCCGCCCCAAGCACGGUGGGCAGCCGGCCUGCAGGCCCAGGAGGCGAUCCUCACGAGUGGAAUGUUGAGCAGGUUGUCGAGUGGGGUCGCUCAAAGGGCUGGGACGAAGGCGCUGUCGUGAGCAAGUUUGCCGAGCACGAGAUCUCUGGCGAUGUCCUCAUGGAAAUGGACGUCAACAUCCUCAAAGAAAUCGACAUCAUUGCUUUCGGAAAGCGCUUCCAGGUGGCCAACGCCAUCAAAGAUCUCAAGAAGGCGCAUGGUGGUGCUACUGGAGAACCGUCGCCAAUGGUGGGCAACACUUCAUGGUCUUCUACCCAAGAUGGCAACUCGGCCCCAGCUUCCGCCAACGCCGUCCUCCAACAGCAGCAACAGCAGCCUCAACAGACUCUCCUUGCCAACGGACUGACACAAACGCCUUCGAGCACCAGCUCGUUUGGUGUACAGCCGCAGAGCGCCCCUACGAUGGGUUCUGGGUCUGUGUCCCAACACAAUGCUUUCGGAGUAGGGGCGCUGGCGACCGGCUUGGCCGCGGGUGCUGCAGCUGCGAAUAUGAGCCAGUCGCAUUCGGCCCAAGGAGGUCGCCUCUCUCCCAAUAUGCAACAGGAUCUCCGCAGACAAGCUUCUGACAACGACAUGGCACAGCGUCAAUCCGUGGCUUCGGGUGGCGUUGGAUCAUCUGGCUGGCAAACUCGACCUCGUACGGCGGCAAACGACUCGCAAUGGGACAAUUAUGCAACGCCCCACUCUGCAGAGAUCAUGAGCGACGAUGAACCUCUCUCCAACCUCGUAGGCUCCAAGAAGUCGUCGACCAACUCCCGCAAGCUUUCUCAAGACGAUUUGAGCCCCACAUUUGGGUCCAUGUCGCCCUCAUCUCGCAAGCGAGAGUCGGGCGGAAGCGGACGAGCGACGGGCUCUGGAGAACGAAUGUCUUUCUUUGCUGGCUUGGCACCACAGCGCAACCGCAAGCCCCCACCUAAGGUCCAGACGGGUGCGGCGGCGGGUGCACCUGGCCAAAGCGUGUUCGAAGAGUCGCCAGGCAAGCAGGGUACGUUCUCGCGCCUUGGUUUCAACCGAAUGCGCGGCAGCAACAACCAAUCUUCUCAGCACUCCAACGACGAGAACGCCAUAAAGAACAAAAUCUCGCUACCCACGAGCAGCCCCACGUAUGACUCGAUGGGCGACACGGCCCGCCGAAACCGUCAGAGUCAACAGAGCGCCGGCAGCGGCGGCCUAGCCAACUUUGGCGGCUACGGUGGCGGACACGCCAAGCAGGCAAGCGUCGGUAGCGCAGGUGCCGGCGCGGGUAUCCCAAGUGGUGAUUGGGGGCUUCCUUCUCCAACGCCUGGCGAGCCAAGCACACCGAGCGAAGGCCCUGUCAUGGUUCGUAUCCGGCCUGUCGACUUUGAAGGUUGGAUGAAGAAGAAGGGCGAGCGCUACAAUACUUGGAAGCCCCGCUACUUGGCGCUGAAAGGGUCUGAUCUAGUCCUGCUCCGUGACCCCACGGCACCUAAGAUCAAGGGUUACGUCUCGAUGAAGGGCUACAAGGUCAUCGCCGAUGAAAAUACCAACCCUGGCAAAUAUGGCUUCAAGAUCUUGCACGAGAGCGAAAAGCCGCAUUACUUCUCAUCGGACGAUCCUAUCGUCGUACGAGAAUGGAUGAAAGCGCUGAUGAAGGCGACCAUCGGACGUGAUACGAGCCUGCCCGUCAUUUCUUCGUACAACAACGCGACCAUUUCGCUCAAGGAGGCUCAACGCAUGAACCCACCACCAAGGCCGCCGAGCCCCACAUCGCGAGCUAGAGCACAACGAGCGACAGCUCGCGCCAACAAGGACCAGCUCACCGCAAAGGACGCCAGUGUCCUGAUGGGCCUUCAACAACCUUCUGACGCUCGACCGAUGGGGUUGUGAGUCAACUUUUUCUUCUUUUUUUUCACAUCUCUACUCUUUUUUCCUCUCUCUUCGCGUCACACCCGCGUUUCCGCUUUGGAGGAUCCUCUUUGCAUCUUCAUGCAUGAUACCAUGGGAGCCAUCAAGUGACGAACCCGCGAGAUGGCUUAAGAAUCCGCGGACGGCACUUGGCUUUCAUUUUACCUGCCGCUUCUCCUCAUUCCUACCCGCUCUUCUCUAAAUCUAUAAAAGCUCUCGGCUCUCUCUCAAUUUGAUGGAAGGAAUCGCUCCCGC